UUUUUCCCUCUCCUCCCGCAGUCCCUUCCUUCCUCCCCGACCUUCAAGCUUGCGCCUGUGGACCUGUGGAAGUGUUUCGCCGGGCGCCUUUCGACUCGACUUCCCCUCUGUCCACAAGGCCUCACACCCUCUUCGCUCUCCGUCAACCUGUCGGUUCCUCCCGUCGCCUCGGCAAUUCGACGGCGCGGUCAAACUUGACAGUCAGCGACAGCACUCGGAGCCAUUCGCCUUAAUCCGGCUCCCGCCAAGUCCUUGAAGGUGCCGAGAUGUCAAUCUUUACGUGGUGCAGCCGGCGCGCAGGCGGCUUGGCCAUGUUGGCUACCGUUGGGCUAUCCUACUGGGUCAUCUCGAGCGAGCUGGAUGCGCAACGAUAUGUCUACAGAUAUCCCUCAGAGGACAGUCUUAAUGCGCCGCGUUACGACGCGAAGAGGACCAGCAGCUGGGUCACGGUCUUUUCUUACUACUGCUUGCUCAUUCAUGUGCUCGUCUUCAUGUUCCCACUACGCUCCUCCUGGGCCGUCUUCACCAUCACGAGAAGCCUACGCAAGGCUGCGCGCGCGAGGGCCCUGAGAGAUCUCAAGUUCGGCCACCGCCGCCGUGGCUCGUCGACUUCACUCUCCAGCUCCGAAACCCUGACUUCCUCACGAGACCUGAGCUCCACCUCCAGCAGCGAAGCCGGCGACUUCGACCUCGACCCCGAAUCCUUACUCGACGGCGACAUUGCUCCCGAUCGCGUCAUCCAUGCCAUCGUCAUCCCCAACUACAAGGAGGAGAAUGACACGCUGAGGGAGACGCUGGAGGUUCUCGCCUCGCACCCGCAGGCGCGCACAACCUACGAUGUCUACCUUGCGAUGGAGCAGAGAGAGCACAAUGCCGAGAGCAAGGCUGCCGGGCUCGCGAACGAAUUCUCCAAGAAGUUCCGCUCAAUUGACUUCACAAUGCACCCGUCCGACAUCCCCGGCGAGCUGGCCGGCAAGGGUAGCAAUAUGGCGUGGGCGGCACGGAAGCUUAGCGAAAAGUACAAUCUUGGGCAGCGAAAAGACGUGAUCGUCACGGGUAUUGAUGCCGACAGCCACCUCUCAUCCAAUUAUUUCGCUCUGCUCACGACCAUGCAUAUGACGUAUCCCGAUACGGCUAACACGACCCUGUACUCGGCUCCGAUUGUCUUUGACCGCAAUGCCCACAAUGUCCCGGCUAUCGUCCGUGUCGCCGACAUUUUGUGGUCCGCUGCCGGCAUGUCCGGGCUGUACAAGGGUUCGUCGGUCGCUCCUCCGACGUCUGUCUACUCUGUUCCCCUUGAACUUGUCGAUCGCGUUGGCGGCUGGGAUUGUGACUCGGAGGCGAUUGGCGAGGACUUGCACAUGUACCUCAAGUGCUUCUUCGCUCUCAAUGGCAACUUGACGGUGCGAACUAUUUUGAGCCCUGUCAGUCAGACAAACGUUACGGGCGGUGGCCGCGGAAAGGGAGUUGCUGGCAUCAUCACCGAUGUGCGCGCCCGAUACAAGCAGGCGCUUAGGCACAUGUGGGGUGCUCUCGAUACCGGUUAUGCACUGCGCAAGCUUGUUGAGGUGUGGAAAGAGAGGAAACACACCUCUCGGGCAUUCCGACCUCUUCACACGUCUCUGAACGACUCAUCCGACAACUAUGUGCCGCAGGUGCAGAUCGACGGCGUAGAUGCCGAGGCAACUCCCGAGAGCGGUAUCUUCUCCGACGUUGUGACGGACACCCUCAAGGAACCCGACUGGGAGCGCAUCUUCAUCUUGUUCCACCGCUUGUUCGAGGCCCACUUCCUCCCCGUGCAAAUGACCAUUCUCGUUGUCGCAUCGACUCUCUACAUGUGGAUUACCGAUGGCGCUCCCGAUGUCCACGGCGUCGCGUGGAUCUUCACCGUCUGCAACGUCCUCCGGACCGCCGGCGUCAUGGAGGUCGCCCUCUAUCUCUUCCUCUACGAACGGUUCCACAGGAUAUGCGUCGACUCCCGCGAGAAGGAGAUGGGCGAUGCCGGGUUGCUGAAGGGCAUGCACUUCUCGCGAAGAGAAGUCAAGACGAAUUACAUCGACUACGUGAUGGUCCCGCUGGUAGCGCCGGUUUUUGGUUCGAUACCAUGUGCGCAAGCGCAAAUAUGCCAUUUCUGGACGCUAGAUUUGGUAUACACGGUCAGCAAGAAAGUCACCCGGCGCAGAGGGAAGUCCGUGACAGCAGACGCUUUGGUAUAAUGAUCGCGGCAUGGAUUUACGUCUUUUCUCCAACGCCGUCUUUAUCUUUCUGCGACCUUACCUAUUUAUUCGCGUGUCGAUUAAUUC